AUGAGAACCGCAGCUCUCCUCGCAGGCAUUGCCGCUUUGGCGACAGGCAGUAGUGCAUGUGCGAGGCUGCCAACGAGCAAUAGCCCGGUAACUGAUGUUACAAGCAACGACAUUCGAUGCAACAUCAACCAAGGCGUAGCAGCCUCAAAAUGUCCCGUCGCCCCCGGAGACACCGUGACCGUCGAAAUGCACCAGCAACCGGGCGACCGCUCCUGCGCAAAUGAGGCUAUCGGUGGAGCUCACUACGGCCCCGUCCUCGUCUACAUGAGCAAGGUCAGCGAUGCCUCGACCGCCGAUGGCUCAAGUUCGUGGUUCAAGAUAUUCGAAGACACCUGGGCUAAGGCGUCCUCUACAUCCCAAGGCUCAGACGACUAUUGGGGCACCAAAGACCUCAACUCGAACUGUGGGAAGAUGGACGUCAAGAUUCCUACCGGUUUGGCGCCUGGCGACUACCUGCUCCGAGCGGAGGCUAUUGCCCUUCACGCUGCCAGCUCACCUGGAGGGGCCCAAUUUUAUGUCACGUGUUUCCAGCUUGCCGUGUCUGGCAGCGGUUCCACAACACCGUCAGGCGUUUCCCUCCCGGGAGCAUACAAGGCGUCCGAUCCCGGAAUUCAGAUCAACAUCUACCAGCAGCUCAGCACAUACGUCGCUCCAGGCCCGACAGUCAUCCCUGGAGGCACCGAGGCGCAAGCUGGAAAAGCUGGAUCAGCCGUCACCGUCACUGGGGGCGCUUCUCAGUCUACGGCUACGAAAGCUGCGGUUGUUUCGAGCACACUUGCUACAUCAGCAAUGCCAGCAGCUACCAGCGCGGGUGGCAGUGGAUGCGCUGCCGUUGCCAAGUACCAACAGUGUGGUGGAACUGGUUUCACGGGGUGCACGACCUGUCAGUCGGGGAGCUCGUGCAAGGUGGUGAACUCUUAUUAUUCGCAGUGCCAGUAG